CUUGAUCGCACCAACCAACGGAAUCACAAUCAUGACAACAGAGGCGCGCAACCUUGAGCGGCUGCAUGUGUCGACCAAGACGCUUGAAUGCGCGCGGAAUAAGUGCGUACCAUGUGGCUACAAGAUCGUAGUGCAUGCCCGUGAUGCCGACGCAAUGCUUAACCAGCGCCCUGAGUUGUGUCCGCGGUUCAAGGCGGCCAUCGACACCAGUCCAGUCUUUCCACUCUUGGAGCCGCAGAUGAAGGUGCUGGUGGUGCACGACGGUGGCUUUGCGUUGACAUCGCUCCUCAAAGGGUACCUGAACGAGACACAUCAAUUGGUGGUUGCCACCGCCGAGACCAAGGCCCAAGUCGUCAAGAAGUCGCCGGACAUGGCCAAACGCAUCAAGAAGCUCGAGAAUCAAGGCGUGCGCGUCCACUUCGAAGCCGACACUGGGGCGUUGGGUGCAUUGGGUCAGUUCGAUCGGGUGAUUUGGAACUUUGUCGAGUCUGGCACGUCGCUCGACUCGUUCUUUGCGUCGGUCAGCGCGGCGCUGUCGUCGGACGGACAGGUGCACAUGACGACCAAAACUCCCGCGGUGGUCGCCGCCGCGACUGCCCACGGACUGGCGCAUGUGCGCUCAUUGGUAUUCGACCGGAGCUUUUGCCCGAGCUACAAAGUCCCGUACAGCGACUGCGAUACGGUUGUGUUUAGUUGGUGCGAAACGUCGCCAGCAGCAGCUUCCUUGCCAAUGGAACCUGUGACCGACGCCAUCUUGAGCGAGAUCCAGUCGACCUACUUAGCCAAGUCAAGCCACGACGCGCCCAAGCCGACCAAGGCGGCCAUGAAGAAGGCCAAGCUGGCGGCCAUCAAGAAGAAGGAAGACAAGGCCAAGGUGGACGUGCCGUACGAAAAGGAGUACUUUGAUCUGAUGAACCUCAAGCCCAAAGGAAAGAAGCAUGUGAUCAAGCGGAAAAAAGAGUACGAGGCCAACCAGGAGGGCAAGGAGCGCCCGUCCAAGCGCGUCUUGCCGCAUCGCAUGGAAAAUGGCAAGCGGAAAAUGGGCUGGUAAUUCACAAAUACCAUUCGAAAUGUGUGGGCUU